ACUGAUCGCUUUUCUACGGAAGCCGGACCAGACCAGACGAGGCUGCUACCACUUGGACGGUGUUUCCGUUCGUCUUGCGUGCGCUUCGGAUUUUUUAAGGAUAUUUCCAAAUAUAUAAAGAUAAAUAAACAUGUCUUUGGAAGUGGAAUCCGCAGACGUUAUCCGUCUGAUAAUGCAGUACCUGAAGGAAAACAACCUCCACCGGACACUGGUGACGCUGCAGGAGGAGUCCACGGUAUCGCUCAACACGGUGGACAGCAUAGAGAGCUUCGUGGCGGACAUCAACAGCGGCCACUGGGACACAGUACUGCAGGCCAUUCAGUCGCUCAAACUUCCCGAUAAGACACUUGUGGACCUCUACGAACAGGUGGUGUUGGAGCUGAUCGAGCUGAGAGAGCUGGGCGCAGCCCGCUCCCUCCUCAGGCAGACAGAUCCCAUGAUCAUGCUGAAGCAGACGCAGCCAGAGCGCUACAUACACCUGGAGAAUCUGCUGGCCAGGUCGUACUUCGACCCCCGAGAGGCCUACCCAGACGGCAGUAGUAAGGAGAAGAGGCGAGCGGCCAUCGCUCAGGCCCUGGCUGGGGAGGUCAGCGUGGUGCCCCCCUCCCGCCUCAUGGCCCUGCUCGGACAGUCUCUGAAGUGGCAGCAGCACCAGGGGCUCCUCCCUCCAGGGAUGACCAUCGACUUGUUCAGGGGGAAAGCAGCCGUGAAGGACGUGGAGGAGGAGCGCUUCCCCACGCAGCUCAGCAGACACAUCAAGUUUGGACAGAAGUCCCAUGUGGAGUGUUCUCGCUUCUCUCCUGACGGCCAGUACCUGGUCACCGGGUCAGUGGACGGCUUCAUCGAGGUGUGGAACUUCACCACCGGCAAGAUCAGAAAGGAUCUGAAGUACCAGGCGCAGGAUAACUUCAUGAUGAUGGACGAUGCCGUGCUGUGUAUCUGCUUCAGCCGAGACACAGAGAUGCUGGCAACAGGAGCCCAGGACGGGAAGAUCAAGGUUUGGAAGAUCCAGAGUGGGCAGUGCCUGCGGCGGUUCGAGCGCGCCCACAGUAAAGGUGUGACGUGUGUGAGCUUCUGUAAGGACAGCAGCCAGCUGCUCAGUGCCUCCUUCGACCAGACCAUCAGAAUCCAUGGCCUGAAGUCUGGCAAGUCUCUCAAGGAGUUCAGAGGUCACUCGUCCUUCGUCAAUGAGGCCACCUUCACGCCAGACGGACACCACAUCAUCAGCGCCUCAUCGGACGGCACCGUCAAGGUGUGGAACGUGAAGACCUCGGAGUGCACCAGUACCUUCAAGUCUCUGGGGACGUCUGCCGGUAGCGACAUCACCGUGAACAACGUGGCUCUGCUGCCCAAGAACCCGGAGCACUUCGUGGUGUGCAACCGCUCCAACACCGUGGUCAUCAUGAACAUGCAGGGACAGAUCGUGAGGAGCUUCAGCUCUGGUAAGAGGGAGGGUGGUGACUUUGUGUGCUGUACUCUGUCGCCGCGAGGGGAGUGGAUCUACUGCGUGGGAGAGGACUUUGUGCUGUACUGCUUCAGUACCGUGACGGGCAAACUGGAGAGAACGCUGACGGUCCAUGAGAAAGAUGUGAUCGGCAUCGCCCACCACCCCCACCAGAACCUGAUCAGCACCUACAGCGAAGACGGCCUCCUGAAGCUCUGGAAGCCCUGAGCGUGGUCCUCCACACCGUGUCUGGAAUCCAUCAAAACCCACCUCCUCGUCCUUCUCUCUUCACCUCGCCCUUCUCAUCGUCCUCUUCUUCCAGCUAGCUUCAAUGUCCUUCGAGAGGUACCACAUGCUCAAAGUCGAACUGCAGCUACAGCUUCCUCUCUGAUUGAGAUGGGAUUUUACACUUUUUUUUUUCUUGGUGGGGUAACAUUCAUUCUGGUCGAUUGGCCAAUCGUAAACAAUGGCAGUUCACUUACAAGUCCAACUGGACUGUGUAGCUGGUGGAGGAUGAUGUUUGCGGUUGGUCACAAGUUAUUUUAUUUGCUUUUAGUUUUCUUGGUUAUUAUUUAGAAAAACUUCCUGUAAAUAUUUUUUUCUGAGAUUGUUUUUUUAAUAUCUGGUCAAAUGGAAGAAAAUAAAAAGUUUCUCACCCAAACAAUAUGGACACAAGGAUAUUUUUAUUUAUUUAUAGUGAUUGGUGUGCUUUGUGAGUGUUCCAUUCUAUUGGUAAGUUUCUUAAUUUUAACAUUUCUACCGGCAUUUGAUGUCAAUUUAUCAACCAUGUGUCACCGUUUUUCCUCCUGGAAUAACUUUUUUUUUUACAUUUUGUAACUUGUCCACUUCCACCCAAUUAUUUUUAUAUUAAUUGUCUGUGCCAUUAAAGCUAUUUAA